AUGCCUGAGCCUCAUACCCCCAUCUCUUCCCACACACCUGAACCCAGACCUGAAUUCAUGCCCAUUGCGGUUCACAUUGAUUUUAUCCUGAGAAGCCCUGUCGAUGGCAUCCAGUUCGUGCUACCUACCGGCUCCGAGUCUUACCCAUAUCGUGUACCACAUGCAUAUACAACAUCAUCGUCUCCUGAUGCUGCGAGAUGCUUGGGCAUGUCGCCCACGUACUUCUCUUCAGGCGGGCUAACAACGGCCGCACAGGUUGCACAUCCUAACAACUCAAACAAAACCAUCUUUUUUUUUUCUCAAGCAGUGUUGACGUUCGUACAGCAUGUCGCUUUUGCUGCUGGACCAUUCCAUGUGCAUCCCAUCCCGACAGAGCUCACAUCAGAGGAUACGUCUGGCAUUUCACAGCCUCUGAUGCAUGCGUUUUGCUUGCCUGGUCAUGAAUCUAUGCUCCAUUCGUCGAUUUCAUCCCUGCGUUCGGCAAUGAACUUCUACAGUACAGAGUUCGGUUCCUACCCGUUUGGAUCAUACAAAGUGGUAGCGGUGGACAAGAUGCCUGUUCAGCGUUUUGACAGCUCGACGCUAUCGAUAAUCACUGACUCGAUUGAGCAGGUGCUUGAAACCUGGCAAGCACUUAGUCACGCCCUGGCCUGUCAGUGGAUGAGAAUCAACAUCCAACAAAAGACAUGGUCAGAUACUUGGCUCGUAAAUGGUCUUGCGCUGUAUAUCACCGGCCUGUUCGUCUGCAAGCUCCUGGGAAAUAAUGAGUAUCGAUACAGGCUCAAAUCGAUGCCGCCCAUCUGCCAACCACAGCAUAAUGAUCCCCCAGACUCCAUGACACUACCUUUUGUUAACUUGAAGGCGCCCCUUGUGCUGCACAUUUUGGAUCGACGUCUUGGCAAGUCUGGUACCUCGCCCGGUCUUCCUCAGUUGCAAAAUAAUGCUCUAUCGACACACUUGUUCUUGCGUACAUGCAGGAAGGUCAGUGGAAUUGAUCUUCGGUCAUUCGCUGAGCAGUGGAUCUACGGUAGUGGUUGUCCAGCGUUCGGGUUCUCUGCUUCUUUCAAUAGGAAGAAGAUGGCAGUCGAGAUCAUGAUGCGACAAGAUUCGCCAGCAUACAAGGUGCUCGAGCACAACAAGGUGUCGAAACUGUUGCAUAAGCCUGUACCAUUUUUUGAGGGCCAAAUGACUGUUUGGAUCCAUGAAGCGGAUGGCACUCCAUAUGAGCACAUUUUAGACAUUCGUUCGUCCUUCAAACACUUUGAAGUCCCUUUCAACACGAAGUACAAACAUAUCCGACGAAAUACCAAGAGAUACUUGGCACGACAAGCGGCUGCUCAGGCUGCAGCGGAAGGCGAUGCAGAAGCUGCUGAAGCCAUGGGUCUAAUCGACAUGGGUUUUGGACUUGAGAUCUGGGAAAAGGAAAAGGAGCGAGAAAACUGGAAGGUGGCUGACUGUACCGAGGAAGAUGAGCAGGUGAUGUCGGGUGCAACAUACGAGUGGAUUUGCAUGGAUGCCGAUUUUGAAUGGAUCGCCACUAUCUCUUUUGAACAACCCGACUUUAUGUGGGUGUCGCAGUUGCAGCGAGAUCGCGAUGUCGUUGCACAACUAGAAGCUGUUAAUGCUCUCGCAAAGCAAUCCACCGCCAUCAUUUCAAGUACAUUCACCAAGACAGUGCUCGUCUCCAAUUACUAUUAUCGCAUACGGUGUGAGGCUGCGAUGGCUCUAGUGCACUGUGCUAUUCGGAAACUUGAUUUCUUGGGACUAUUUCAUCUAUUCAAGUUAUUCCUUCGCUACUGUUAUGACCCAGAAGACCCCAACCAAGAUUUAUUCGCUCAUACUUACGUCCCAAAGCCUAAUGACUUCUCUGACCUGGCAGAAUACUUUGUUCGAAAGCGCCCAGUCACAGCGCCUGUUCCUAAGAAUGUGUUUACUGUUGAAGAAGUUCCUAUUAUUGCGUCUAUUGUAGAAUUACCAGAGUCACGUGAUCUAUCGGACAAUGCUGAAGAUGUUGAUGUCAUGCCUCGCGACACUCUUGGAAUGUUCCAGAGUCUUACUGCGGCUGCAGCACAUGUUAUGACAUCAUAG